CACAAGUGCUGCCAAAAAACUGCGUGUACUUGCCUAAAGGGCAGACACUGUCUCUCCUGUCUCAGAUUACAAAAAGGAGUCACAUUCCAGCAAUAAUAGGCUGCCGCCCUGUAAACCCUCCACCACUCCGAUCCAAAACUACAGCCAAACAUGUUCCAGCAACUUUCCCAAACCGAGGGACCUGCUUUCUUACACAAGAGGAGAAAAGUGACCUCAGAUUAUCUUCGGACAUGCCGCCUGGACACGGAAAAGCCGCACAGACUUCUGCAUGUUCUUGGCACUACUUUGGAGGCAAACCUGAACAGGAGUGCCCCUCCCGGCUCCAAGUUCUUUUCCGUGAAGUGCACUUCCAGCGUUCAGUACAGCAUCAGCCCCCUGCCCCAGGAGACAUCCCACCUCGCUCCCACCCCUCUCAAUGGAAACUCGCUGCUACUCAUCAGCAUGAGCCACGCUAGUCAUUCUGAAAAUGACAGCAAGCUGUCUGUGUGGUACUAUGGGGAGAAUAAAGAGGUUCUGGGGAAAGCGCUCCUGCACCUGACAGCUGUUGAGAUCUCUCUGGAUGUGGAUGCUGAUAGAGACGGCGUUGUGGAGAAAAACAACCCUAAUAAGGGAUCCUGGAAAUGGGGCUGUAAUGGGCAUGGAGCCGUCCUGCUGGUCAACUGUGACUCAGAGCGGACCUACUGGAAGAAACCAGACAACGAGCAGGACGCCGUCUCCAGGGUGUCAGAUCUGAAGGACAUGUCUGUCAUGGUGCUGCGGACCAGAGGCCCGACCAAGCUGCCAGAGGGCUACAAGCUCACCAUGCACAUCUCUCAGGGUGACGCAGAGAGCAUCAGAGUCUUCAGGUCCAGAUCCAAUGACCCGGUGAAAAAUAGCCUGUCAGAAAGAUUCUUCUAUAAAUACUUUGUGAAAGACUAUCCACUGGUUCUGAGCAGCGAGGUCCUGUCCCAGGAGGUGCCUUACAUCGGAGGUGCAGCGGAGAUGGACUUCUAUGUGGAGGGUCUCAGGUUUCCUGACAAAGACUUCGAUGGGCUCAUCAGCAUCAACCUCAGUCUGUUGGAGCCCAUUUCUGCAGGUCUACCCGAGACGCCCAUUUUCACAGACAAAGUCGUGUUCCGAGUGGCGCCGUGGAUCAUGACACCCAACACCCUGGAGCCUGUCGAGGUGUUUGUCUGCAGCACAUCCGACAACUACCAGUUCCUUAAAGGAAUGAAGAACCUUGUUGCAAAGAGCGGCUACAAGCUGAAGAUCUGCCAUGAGUAUUUGAACAGAGGAGAUCGCUGGAUGCAGGAUGAGCUGGAGUUCGGCUACAUCGACUCGCCUCACCAGCGGUUUCCUGUAGUUCUGGAUUCCCCUCGAGAUGGAAAACUCCAGGACUUUCCAUAUAAUGAACUACUGGGCCCUGACUUUGGCUACGUGACGAGGGUGGCCGAGAGAAAAGACGUGAGCAGUCUGGACUCGUUCGGCAACCUGGAGGUUAGUCCUGCCGUCACUGUGAAUGGGAAGAACUACCCGCUGGGCAGAAUCCUCAUCGGAGUGGCCUUCCCUACGGCAACUAAAGGACGGAACAUGACCAAAGUGGUUCAAGACUUCCUGUGGGCUCAGAAGGUUCAGGAGCCCAUUGCCUUGUUUUCUGACUGGCUCCUUGUCGGCCACAUAGAUGAAUUCAUGACUUUCGUUCCAGCACCUGACAGAAAGGGCUUCCGGCUGCUGCUGGCCAGCCCGGACGCAGCCUACAAACUAUUCAGAGGCUUACAGAGAGACGGACACGGACAAGCCAAGCUGUUCGAGGGUGUGGAAGAUGAGGACCCAAUAUCAGUGGACAAGAUACUUGCUGAUGACAGUCUCCAAGCUGAAAAUAACUACGUGCAGAGCUGCAUCGACUGGAACAGGGAUGUACUGAAGAGAGAGCUGGGCCUGGAUGACGAGGACAUCAUCGACCUGCCAAUCCUCUUCAAGUUAGAGGGGGAGGAGGAGGACGAGUACAGAGCGGCAGCUUAUUACCCGGACAUGGUGAACAUGAUCGUCUUGGGGAAAAACCUCGGCAUCCCGAAGCCCUUUGGCCCCAAAGUGAACGGACGCUGCGCCCUGGAGGCUGAGAUGUGCUCCCUGAUGGAGGGCCUGGGCCUCAGCUGCACGUUCAUCGACGACUUCGCCUCCUACCACAAGCUGCUGGGAGAGGUGCACUGUGGCUCCAACGUCCGCAGGGAGCCGUUUGACUUCAAGUGGUGGAACCUGGAGGUGUGAACGAAAGCUGAGCAGCGGACGGAGGUGGCUUAAAGAGGCAGAAAGACGGGUUGCUUCCAGAACACCAGAUCUUUUAGGAGAGCAAUAGCUCCUUGGGCUUUAGGUUGGAAGAGGUAUUUUUCUUGUCAAAGCCUUACAUUAUCUCUGUGUCUUAAAAUCAUGACAUGCUUAUUUUUUCCUAAUAAUGCACGCCUCAUUUUCGAAUUCAAAUACUUGCGCGGUAACCAUGGUGAAGGAAGAUUUACCCCAGGGGCCUGAUCUAUUUUAUGCAUCUUCAUCUUUAUUAAACAUUUUUCUCGGCUUUAUUUACAAAAAGGAUGAAAAGCAAUAUUUACAAACAAGUCUUUUGAACAAGGGCUUAAGCAGACUGUCGACAAGAACAGAAAUACAAUCAUUUGAAUCGAGCACAUAGAGGAUUCACUCCCAAUCUUGUUGUGGUUCGGACCGGCUGUUGGCGUACAGUGCAAGCACAGUUAGAUGAAUGGUACCACGCAGUGAUGUGCUAUAACAAUACAGAGCCACAAGAGGGCGUACUUCAACUACUCAAGCAUUUCCAAAGUCCAGAGGAAAAUCAUUUGAAAUCACAUCUUUACGUGAAUCAGUUUUAAAGGCUGUAAUACACAAAUAUGUAAUCAUUACAGAAAAUCUCUGUCUGUAUUUUUUAUGACAUUUUUCUGUCGAGCCAAAUGCAUAAUGUGACUUUGUUCAGAGUGAUUUGCAGCUAUAAACAGCUUUAUGGAUACAGUAAGUAGGUUGUUUUGCAUUUGGUCCAGUGUCUUAAACCUUUUGUACUUUCACAAACUAUAAAUGCUGUCAUUAAUUCACCAGAGACAAUAACUCCCGUGUCCACUUCAGUCACAUCACUGAAAUAAAACAGCUCAGCUCAAACCGUAGCCGUUCAUUCCCUCCUGACAGACUGAAGACAGGACAAAGCUUCUUCCUUUAGACUCACCUUCACUGUGGUCAGGAGUCAACACAGUAUCGCCAUUCAUUGGAGCAGAUAUGUACAAAUAAAUACAUAUUUGCCUAGUUUUACAUUCAGUUGCCAGCUGGCAACACAGACCCUCCAUCAGAGCAGCUCACGACACAAUCGUUAGAAAGGCAACUUCAAGACGAGUCACAGUGUAAUUCUUCUUCAGCAACAAAUCAGGUUUUUUUAAAAGGUCAGCGUUUCGAAACAACCAAAAUCGUAGUGCUUGGGUCACGCAGAUAUAUUACAUUUUACAAAUAACGUAGGAAACUGGCAUUUGGCUCUCUAUCAGCAAUGUGCACUGCAUCUGG